CGACGCGCCGCGGGUCGAGGCAGAGCCGAGCAGCGAGCGGAGGCAUCACAUCCGUGUGGAGAUAUUUGGAGUUUGAGGAGGACACCGGUACUUCUCUGAUCCCAGGAGGAAAAUUAAAACUUCACCCUCAGAGUACAAGCACUGACACAGCCUCCCACAUUUACACAUUUCAACAGACUGAUCAUUGCAUACACACCAAGGCUCCAGAGCAGAUAUGAGUGAGGAGAAACCGGCCGACACUGUGGAAACUGCCCCUGCUGAGGUGAACGCUAUCCCUAAUGGGAAAGGCCAUGAGCCCGGGGAGGAGAUCACAGCAUCGGCCAAAACACCACCUGCAGGGGACGGCGAAAAGGAAACUGUACCAAAUAGUGCCCAGAAUGCUAGUCCUCACAGAACUGACAAUACAGAGGCCAACCUCCCAGAGAGCCAGGAGUUCUUAUCAGGCAUGGAUGACAAGAAGACCACGCGCUUCACAGAUUUUGAGGGGAAAACCUCGUUUGGGAUGUCCGUCUUCAACCUGGGCAAUGCAAUCAUGGGAAGUGGAAUCCUGGGACUGGCGUACGCCAUGGCCAACACAGGGGUCGUCCUGUUUUUGGUACUUCUAACAGUGGUGGCAGUCCUCUCAUCAUAUUCCAUACAUUUGCUGCUGAAGUCAUCUGGUAUUGUAGGUAUUCGUGCGUAUGAGCAGCUCGGAUACAGGGCCUUUGGGACCCCGGGGAAGAUGGCGGCAGGUAUUGCCAUCACGCUGCAGAACAUUGGAGCCAUGUCCAGUUAUCUGUACAUAGUCAAGUAUGAGUUUCCUUUGGUCAUCCAGGCCUUCCUGAGGGUGGAUAAACCUGCAGGCGAAUGGUACCUGAAUGGGAACUACCUCGUGAUAAUUGUGUCUGUUGCAGUAAUAUUACCACUGGCUCUCAUGAAACAGCUUGGAUACCUGGGAUACACCAGUGGCUUUUCCCUGAGCUGCAUGGUUUUCUUCCUCAUUUCGGUCAUCUACAAGAAGUUCAAUGUUCCUUGCCCAUUUGUGGACUUUGCACUCAAUAGCACUGCCACCGUGCUGAAUGUCAGUGCCACCGAUCCCGGCGGGGAGGAUAAUCCCGCCUGUAUCCCCAAACUCGCCAACCUCAACUCACAGACGGCCUACACCAUCCCCAUCCUGGCGUUCGCCUUUGUGUGCCACCCCGAGGUCCUGCCCAUCUACACAGAGCUGCGCAAUCCCACCAAGAAAAAGAUGCAGCAUGUGGCCAACAUCUCCAUUGCAGUCAUGUACAGCAUGUACUUCCUGGCUGCCCUUUUUGGAUACCUAACUUUCUAUGGUGAAGUGGAAGCGGAGCUGCUUCACACCUACAGCCGUAUUGACCCGUAUGACACUUUGAUUCUGUGCGUGCGUGUGGCUGUGCUCACUGCCGUCACGCUCACUGUGCCCAUUGUGCUCUUCCCUGUGCGGAGAGCGAUCCAGCAGAUGAUGUUUCCCAACAAGACGUUCUACUGGCCCCGUCACAUCGCCAUUGCCUUCAUUCUGCUCACGUUCAUCAACCUGCUGGUCAUCUUUGCCCCCAACAUCCUGGGCAUCUUUGGGAUCAUUGGUGCCACAUCUGCCCCUUGUCUCAUCUUCAUCUUCCCUGCUGUCUUCUACAUUCGUAUCGUACCCAAAGAAGAGGAGUCAAUGCGCUCUGUCCCCAAAAUCCUGGCUGCCUGCUUUGCCGGGAUAGGUGUCCUGUUUAUGAUCAUGAGUCUCAGCUUCAUCAUCAUUGAUUGGACAUCAGGCACCAACAAUGCCAGCAGUGGUCACUAG